AUGAGCGAAUUUAUCUUACAGCUCGAACCGGCUGAGAAAAUCGUCUUCUCGGGUAAGCUCGGCGAGGAAGCUGUCCCAACAGCGCUUAAAAUCACCAAUACCACAAAGGAUCGACAAGUAUGCAAAGUAAAAUGCACCUCGAACGAAAUGUUCCGAAUUAGACCUCCUGUUUUCGCCUUAAAAGCUGGCGAAGAAGGCACUGUUAAGUUGACUUUCAAUGCCGGUAAGACGGUGCCUGAAAAUGGAAAGCAUUAUUUUGUGGUGUAUUAUAUCAAAUCGGAUGAUGAAUCGAAAGCACCCAGAGCUUGUUGGGCAGAUCAUAAAGAAGGUCCGGAUGGAACGAAACGGCUUUACGUUGAUUUCAAAGACGAAGGAGAAGGUGGUGAAGGAGGUGAGAAAAAGGAAGGGGAAGGAGAAGGGGAGAAGAAGGAGGGAGAAGGAGAGAAGAAGGAAGGAGAAGGGGAGAAGAAGGAGGGAGAAGGAGAGAAGAAGGAAGGAGAAGGGGAGAAGAAGGAAGGAGAAGGAGAGAAGAAGGAAGGGGAGGGUGAAAAGAAGGAGGGUGAAGAAGAGAAGAAGGAGGGCGAAGGAGAAAAGAAGGAAGAAGAGAAAAAAGAGGAGGAAAAGGUGAGCACGCAACCAGUUUCAAACAUGAUCUUUCAGAAAGAAGACGGUCAAAAGGCCGAUGAGAAAAAGGAGGGCGAAGGCGAAAAGAAAGACUGA